GAUGCUGCAGCAACAGGUGCCGCUGAUGAAGUGGAGGAAAUGCUGGUGCCAGAAACUCUAAUUUAGAGAGUGCACCAGAUGCAGAGCUUCAAACACAACCUGCAAGAAUGACACCAGAAUGGCAACCUGCCGAUGAUGAUUUCGAGCCAGAGGGGGUGGCUGACAUAAGUGAAAUCGCCCCAACACCAAGAAAGGUGGCAAAGACAGCGAAAAAUCCACAGCGCCCUAAUGCCAUUGGUCCCUCCAGUGCAACAGUUGCUGCCGCAUGCCUUGAUCACAUCAAGGCAGUAGGAAUGGAGCGGCGCCAAAAUGAAGACACUCGAGACACUCCGUACCAUUUUUGCAUGGCAGCUGCCGGAUUUUUGCGGUCACUGCCUGCUGAUGACCAGUUUGACACUAUGUGUUUCAUCCAAGCUGUCAUUCAGCAAAAAAUGCUGGAAGUGAGGGCUCGGAGGACUGAAGAAUAGUCCUUCCGUAUGUACAGACAGCUGCAUGGUGAAUAGUAAAAACCAGUCAAAGGACGAAGUACAGAGAAGAGACGUGGCACAUGAACGACAGUCAUUGUGUGUGCCACGUCUCCUCUCUUUACUUCGUCCCUUCACUGGUUUUUACUAUUCAGUAUGUACCAACUGACCCAGAUCGCAACUCUACAAGUGCAUGGUACAAUGUGCUAUUGACCACAAACGGUUACGGACCACGGGAUUUCAGAAAAUGGUAAAUACCCAAGCAGCCUUUAAAAGUAGCC